AUGGUCAGCCAGGAUCAGGGAUCAGGGACAUGCCGGGUCACCAACACAGAGUCGAUCCUGGGCAUGGACUGGAUCAAACAGGAUCAGUCGCUCUACGGACGUUUGCUCAAGGGAUCCGUCAAUCCCGUCGCAGCGAAGCAAACGAGUUCCAAGUCGCCAGGCACCGUCGACCAAGCAGGCCGGCAUCACGGAUCGAGGUCAAACUGGUUUGGCAUCGGAGAAGUGGUCAAGGUCAGGGACAAGCACGGAUCGUGCAUCAUGGAUCGUGGAUCAACAAAUGGUCGUGGUUGGUUCGUGGCUCGGACAACUACAAGAUCGUCGUCAGCAACUGAACGCCAGCUGCUGUCGACUCGCCUUCGUGCUUCAACAAGCUCACCGUCUGGUUCGGGACUACGCCUCCGUCUGAGGACGAACCCUCUAUUUCAUUCUAUUCUGCUGAGCCCCCCCGCUAAGGUUUCUCUCUCUGAAUAAACCAACUGCGGAAACUCAGAAACACAACAAAUUGUUAUUGUGAAACUGGCAUUUUUCGAUUUCGAUGGACGUCUGACAAAAAAAUAGCACUCCGAAAACAUUUACACACGCCACCAGAGAUGAGCGGAAGAACUAAACGGAAGAAGAACACGGAAGAAUUUUUAUCUUUUUUAGAAAUUUGUUUGAUGAAAUGUGAUCAACUGACGAAAUGUAUAGCAAAGUGAACUCUGCUCAUAGAAAAAUAAUUGUAAAUUUAACUUUUCAUCCAAAAAAGUUAUUCGAGUUGUUCCAUGAAAAUGUUCUUCCGUCUUCCCCGUUACCCCACUUUUUUGUAUGAAAAGUUAAAUUUACAAUUAUUUUUCUAUGAGCAGAGUUCACUUUGCUAUACAUUUCGUCAGUUGAUCACAUUCCAUUAAAAAAUUUUCUAAAAAAGAUAAAAAUUCUUCCGUGUUCUUCCGCUCAACUCUGCAUGCCACGUCGCUUUCUUCGAUCUUCUCCUGGAUUCGCUUGAGAUCUCACCGACCCCAUGACGCAACAAACAAGGCCUAUAAAACGAAUUGGAUAAGCGAUAGAAAAGCCGUUGUUUCAUCCCCUCAUUCCCCCAUUGUCCCCUCAUAAUGCCUUUAUUCCUCCUCCUCCUCCUUCUCCUCCUCGCCCUCAUUUCCCCCGUCUCCUGCCAACAACAACAGCCAGCGCUUCCGUUCGCCCAAUCGCCCAGUUACUAUGGUGAAUUCCAAGGCGCCAGCUUUGGAUAUCCGGCAAUCCCGAACCUUCUGCCGCAGCUCCAGGCCAUCAAUAUGGUCGGAGCGACGACGGAGCCGAGACGGGCGAUUCCGAAGCAGGCGGACGGCACGGACUGCCCGAUGCCGCCCGAGUGCGGAUGUUUGUGUGGGAGGAGUGGCGGCAGGAAGAAGAGGGAGGUCGAGCACUUUACGGAUGCAGACAACGGCUCGGAGAUCACGUGCACUUCGGGCAAAUUGAGAAGAGUCGUCGAGAAGGUUCGUGGUUUCAAAGGCCUGCCCAAUUGCAAUCAACCCUUGGCGAAACAGUGAAUUCGCUCUGCGAAAUUAGCCUCCUGACAUCAAGAAAGGAGCGUUUUAUCAACCAGACUUGUAAAGUUUCCGAAACAGUAUCCAUAGAGAACAUUUCGAUCGGACCCAUUCUUUGUUGGACUUGGAUUGAAGUAUUUCGGGUCCAAGUUUCAGAGCGAUCGAAUUUUUGCAAAAACGAGAUCAUCUCGACACCGGUCAAUUUGGUUUACUGUUUUGAACAUUUCGUAAACAAAAAGAUUGAACAUCCGAAAAUCCAUUGUUGUCUUCUCAAAGUUUCCGUUUUCAGUGAACCCUCGAAUGUCGGUAAUAGAAUACACUGCACUCAAAUCCUUUCAGGCCCUGUCGACCGCUGAAAAUCAAGGAAUUCGAUUCGAUUUGGGCGCGAACACCCUUCAGAAUUACGUGCUUUUCUGUCAAUCCGAGGUGGGCUCAAAGUGCGGUCCAUUUCAAUGUUUCCAUAUUUUUCAGAAGUUCAAGCAGCUGCAAUUCUCGACCGAUUCCACGAAAUACUGCCACGUCACGCGCGGACCCGUCAAUUGUCUCGUUAUUCAACACUAA